AUGUCCUUGGAGACGCCAUCGCCGCCGCCCGAGGUCACCUAUACCGAUACCCACCGAGCGUUUUUUGCCUAUCUCCGCCUGGUUCAGCUGCUAUCGCAAUCGCAAGCGAAACGAGUGCUUGCCCACCUCGACAGUUCCUCGAGUCUCGAUGUUGACGAUGUCGUCACCGAGAUCAAUUCUCGAAUUGGCGAACACGGCUUCAAAAUCGAACGCAAAAUCGAUGAAGUCACCGCCGAAUUGAACUAUAUAUUCAUCAAUUUCGUCAACGACGCCAUUGCUCGCCAAGCCACGUCGUUUACUCCCGCUGAACUUGAGUGUAUUAAACACUUAAUCGAUGAUAUUGUCGAAGCUGACAACUCUAGGUUUUCCAUUGGCUUAAAUAACGCUAGACGUAAAGCCAAGGAUGAAAUGGCACUUACUCUCGAAGACGCCGACUUCUUUAUCCGGCGACUUGUGGAUACCGGCUGGCUUGAGAUCCACAACGACCAGGUGUAUAUGAGUCAGCGAGCGCUUGCUGAGCUUAAAGGGUGGCUUGCUGACCGCUACGUCGAUCUGGGGUUGCUUCUUCUGUGUAAACAGUGUCACGAUUGGGUGACAGUGGGUUAUUUGACGGACGACGGUGCGUUUCAUAAGACGUGUUUUGUCCCCUAUCAACGCCAACACCCCGGUAUCGACUCGAAGAAGAUCGGCCGCCCCGACGCAUUCGCCCCCACCGAAACUGAAUGA